AUGUCCUCGCUCUGUGCUGUCCUAACUAGCUUGAAACAGCGUUGGGAUGAUCAAGAAAAACUGAGAUCAAAGUUUGGAUCCGUCAUGGAAGACCCAGCGGGCUCACAGGACACCAACAGUAACCCUCAUGGUCUCCAAUGUGAAUAUGCAAAGAGUAGCCGAAGCACAUGUCGUGUUUGCGAUGAAGCUAUUCCAAAGGGUGAACUCCGAUUAGCUAUUUUGGUCGAGAGAGACCAGGCGCCGGGCAUGUUGAUUCCUGCAUGGCAUCAUCCUGCUUGCUUCUUUGAGCAUCACCGCGAAAAGGUCAAGUCGUCAGACGAGUUUGAUGGUAUUGAAAAGAUGCGGACGCAUGACCGAGCUGUUAUUGCCGCACUCAUUAACGGCGAACCAUUACCCGAUCCACCAGAAGAAGAGCCGGAAGAAGAGGUGACGGCUGGGCAAAAAUCCUAUAAGAAAGGAACGGUAUCCGGGUCAGAGUCGCCUCUGAAGAAGGGAAAAGAAGUGCUGGGUAGCUUGCGAAGUACGCGGUCCAAGAACAAGAGAUCUCUUGAAGAAGAGGAGCCUGCAAAAGAGAAUGGGUCUGCUAAGAGGAGACAUUGCGAAGACGAUUCAAUAAGGGUGGAGGCCAUAGACGCAAGCCAUUCAACUUUGAACGGCCCAGACGAAUCAUCGGCCGCGGCUAUGAGCGAGGCGCAUGCGAAGCUGCGAGAUCAAAGCAAUGCAAUAUGGGCUGUCAAAGACAACAUUGCUAAAAACAGUGACCGCAAAAACAAGCAACUGUAUAAGCACAUUCUUCACAUGAAUGGCAUCAAUGUGUCUAAUCGCUAUAGCGAAAGCGACAUGAUUGCGAUAUUAGCCGAUGCAAUGGUUUUUGGGGUUACUGAAAUGUGUCCAGAGUGCAAGAGUAGCCGUUUAAUUCCAGAGGAAUAUCACUACCGUUGUCCUACAUAUUUGGAUUGGGGUCAAUGCGCGUAUCACACUUCUGAGCCGAAAUUCAUGAAGUUCUCUGUCCCUGUCGAUGUAGACGUUGAGUGGCUUCGCGACUAUGAAUAUACUCCUCGUACCAGAGUUUUUUUGCAGAAGGCAGUAGAAGCACCACCAAUUUCUGCCGCAAAAUUGAAGUCGGAUAUUGCUGUAAGACGGGCAGAGGCGGAAGCCGAAGUCAUCGACACGGACAAGCCUUUUGAAGGAAGAACUGUUGCUUGUGCUGGAAAGCUCGCACACAAUCAGUCGCAUUACCAGCGACUAAUAGAAAGCGGCGGAGGUGCUCUCUCCAAGACUGUCACCAGUAGCCUCUGGUUCGUGGUUUCUACAAAGACAGAGGUCGACAAGAAUAGCAACAAGAUAAAGCAAGCAGCCGAAGCUGGAGUGGAUGUGGUAGAUGCAUCGUACAUCACGGAUUGUAUCGAGCAGAAACGGCGUUUCAACUUUCGAGAUGCGAAAUAUCUUCUAGUGUCGAACAGCAAUACCCGCGCUCCUGCCAGACCGGAAGAAAGGAAGCGAAAGGGAGAAUUCUUGGAAACGGAGCAAAGGCCUAAGACUGCGAGGCUAACAUUGAAGGGCGGUGCUGUGGUGGACCCAGAAUCUAUGCUUGAGGAUACCCAUCACGUCCUUCAUGAUGGCAAACUGCUGUGGUCUGUUGUUCUCUCACGAACCGACGUGGAGAAGAAUCUGAACAUGUACUACAAAUUGCAGGUGUUGGAGCCAGAUAAUGGUUCUUCGGAUUAUUAUUUGUUUCGCUCCUGGGGUCGUGUUGGAACAUCCAGAGGCGGCACAAAGCUGGAGGACUUUGAUAAACAGACAGCGAAGGAGGAAUUUCAAAGAUUAUAUGAAGAAAAGUGUGGGAAUGAGUUUGGCAAGCCACCAAUCAAGCAUCCUGGGAUGUUAUUUCCGCUCGAGGUUGAUUUCGGUCAAGAUGACGACUUCGCGUUAAAGUCCUCUGUCACACCUGGGUCCAAAACUCAGUUAGCAAAGCCCAUCCAGGAAAUCAUCAAACUAAUAUUUGAUGUGCAAGCCAUGAAACAAACUUUAAGGGCGAUGGAAAUUGACCUUUCGAAAAUGCCUCUUGGAAAGCUUUCGACGAAUAUGAUUAUGGCCGCGUAUAAGGUCCUUGCGGAUGCUUUAAACUUGGUGAACAGCCAUGCGGAUGGGGUUGGUUCGAGAACUAGGGUCCUAACACUCUCGAAUCAGUUUUUCACAUUGAUACCUCACGACUUCGGCGGCAACAGUGCCCCCUUACUUGAUAACGAAGAGAUCAUCCGUUCGAAAUUGGAAAUGCUGGAUGCCAUUAAGGACAUUGAAAUUGCAACAAGUCUCCUCAAGGACGAGAAAACAGAGGAAGGUACCGAAGACGAGGAUCCGGUUGAUGUCCACUAUCGGAAGUUGCGGACGCAUAUUGAAGUGCUAGAACGUAAUUCGGAGGAGUUUAAAAUUGUUGAACAGUGUACGAAGACUACACAUGCACCAACCCAUACGGACUAUUCGCUUGUCAUUGAGGAUGUGCUCAAGGUCAAUAGAGAGGGAGAAGAGGAGCGUUUCAAGGCGUUUGAAGAUCUGCACAAUAAGAAGCUUUUGUGGCAUGGAUCCCGCUUGACAAACUUUGCGGGUAUAUUGAGUCAAGGACUACGAAUAGCCCCUCCCGAAGCACCCGUUACUGGAUAUAUGUUUGGAAAGGGUAUCUACUUUGCGGACAUGGUGUCAAAGAGUGCAAACUACUGUUGCGCAGACCCGAAGCAACGUACCGGUCUGUUGCUACUCUCUGAGGUUGCAUUGGGCGACAUGUAUGAGAUAACUAAAGCCGAAUUUAUUGAAGAGUUACCAAAGGGCAAGACGAGCACCAAAGGCUGUGGCCAAACUGGUCCAAAAGAAUUCAUUUCCUUGCCAGGGACAGAUGAUGUCCAGGUUCCCAUGGGACCGCCUACACAACAAAAGCUUGGUGGCAAGUCACGCAAGAGCGAUCUACUUUAUAAUGAGUACAUUGUCUACAAUGUGGAGCAAGUGCGCAUACGCUACUUGGUCAAGGUCAAGUUUGACUUUGGAAGGCGGAGGCGGUAA